AUGGACCUGGCCGUGAGGGAGCGGCUCUUGGCCGCAGAGAGCCGCCGAGAUGUUCAGGCUUUGAAGAAUGCUUAUGAGUUGAUCAAAUCAUCCAGUCAAGGAAAAUUGGCACUUGACUCAUCAGAUAACUUCAGCACCGACUUAUAUGUUUUAUGUGCUGAACAAGCAUUUCAGCUGGGAUAUCUGGAAAUGAGCAGUGACUGUCUACAGAUGUUUUUUAAAGGAAGAUUUCCUGUGAACCAGUUUCUUGGCAGAGCAUAUUUGUGCCAAGGCCAGUUGCACACUCCACUCUCCACAGAUAAUUUGGAAGAGUUUGAAAAGUUUGUGCUGUUUUUCAUGAAGGCAAUAGAUUUUGCAACCCAUGAUCGAAGGUAUUAUUUUUUGAUAUAUAAUGCUUCAGUUCUGUAUUGGCAAGUUGUGAGGCCAUAUCUUAAGCCUGGAUUCCGCUAUUGUCUUAUUCCCAGCCUUUCUCAGAUUGUUAAAGCAUUAAACCAAACUGAAGAGCAAGACAAUGAAUGGAGAGCAGAACUCAUGAUAAAUUUACUUGAGUGCUUCCUUGAUGCUUCCAAACUGAAAGAAGCAAAGGAGUUUUCAUCUACUGCAGCAGCCUUUAUUAAGGAAAAUGUUCCAGAUAAAUACUCUCAAAUAUUUUCUCUAAUGGUAUAUCACAAGCUAAUGGAUAUUGCCCAGGUAGAGAAGGAAAUACAAAAUUCUGUCCAUUUUUCAGUUAUUUAUAAAAUGCAGAUGUUAAAAUUGCAGUGGGACACAAAUGAAUUUCCAAGUGAUGCCAUCGCAAAUCUGAAUUCUGUAUAUGUACUUCUGAAACAAUACAGUGUACCUCCAGCAUCUCUUCUCAGUGUGAAGAUUCCUUUACUUCUGGAAUUAGCUCGUUUUUGUGUGAAAGUAAACUACAUUAAGCUUGCAUAUGAUUGUAUACUUGAUUUGAAGAAAGCUGGGAUUACUGAGCAAGGGAAACUUAUUGAAAUAGAAUGCCUGGAAUGUGAAUAUGAAAUAAAAAAAAAUGGCACUAAAAUUGUGACUUACACCAAAGGAGUUGUUGAGGCUCGGCUGGAAUUGAUAAAAAAUCUUGAAUUAACCUUAAAACAUGCAGUUCAACUGGGAGAUCCUGAUGUGAUUCAGGUUGUUUGUACCACCCAGUGGAAUCUCUGCUUACCACUACUACAAUACAAUUUGCAUCAACAUGUACGAAAGUCGUUGAUGUCAGUUGCUGAUGUCCUUGAAGAGAUUGACAGCAUGUUGGUUUUGUUGCGUUGCCAAGUUCAUAUGGAAAUAGCUCGUAUUGAAGAAGAUGGGGAUAGAAUAGAGGCUGCUGUGGAACAUUUACAAAAAGCUAUACAUCUAGACAACAGUGGGCAAUAUCAAGAACAUCUAAGACUGACUUUUAACCGUCUUCAUUUGUGCACUAUGCUGUAUAAGUCACCUGAGCGUCUAGAGGAUCAGGCAGUAAUGAUGAUUGAACAGGCUAAAAGAGGAAAGCAGAAGGAUAAUAUGAGGAAUAAGAGGUUCCUUCUGGUAAAUGCAGGUCUUGCACUAGCUCCUGAUUCAUUUCAGAUAGUCUUUGACAGUGAAAAUGAAGCUAAAGUUUCCUCAGGUAAAAGUAGGAGUCAUAUAAGCUACCUCUGUGCAAAAGCACAACAUCAUAUUAAAAGCGUGGAGAAAGUUGAUGAACAUUUGAAACACUUAAAUGAGAAUGACAGAGAGAGAAUUAUACUUUGGGCAGAUUUGGCAAAAGUUGCACGUAAACAAGAAGUAUGGGAUGUCUGCCGCGCAGCAUGCAGAUUUUGUAUCUUGUAUGAUGAUACUUUGUUUAGGAAGGUAACAAAGCCUAAAAAAACACAGAAGAAGAAAGCUAGUACAGCUAUGAUGGAUGAUGAUCAAGGUGACAGCUUACCAGGAGAAUCAUUACUACAUGCUAAAUCCUUCUCUUUUGAGAAAGAUUUACUCAGAAUAUUAGCAGAAAUAAGAUUCAUUAAUGCAGAGGCAACUGUUCAUUUAUUAAGAUUGCAGGGAAUUGAACUGAAUGAUCACGCUGUACCUCCACAAGAUAAAAGCCAGUAUCAUCCAGGAUAUGUUUCAUGUCUUCCUGAAAGUGAUCCAGAAUGGAAAACAUACAGUUUAUGGAUAGACUACUUAUCUCAGUAUGCUAUGGAAAACUUCCAACGUGCAGCUGAAAUAGGAGAAGAAUUGAAUGAAGCCUGGAUUGUUCACAAUGCUGUGGUGUAUAUCUUAAACUACAAUAGACAUCUUAUCUCUUCAGGAAGACAGAGGGAAAUUAUUGAGUAUCUGCAGACUCUUCUUGGAGCCAUCAAGACUGUUGGGCACAAUGGAAGUACUGUGAUUUUAUUGAUGUUAUGUAAUGCUUUAGCUCGUGGCUUAAUUCUUUGUUGGAUUCCAAAGCCAAAGCUUGCUGAGAAGAAAAAUAAAGAUGCAGCAACAGACAGCAGCAGAAAAGCUGCAGCAAAGAAACAUGAAAAAGCAAAUGUUGUCCAGUCUGUUUCAGUAGAUCCCAGAGGACUUCCUGAUAUCAAAGCUGCCUUAGAGAUUUGUGAAUUUGCCCUAAAUGUGACAACUGGAACCAUGCCUAAUGAAACAGUACCUAUUGCUGCACAACAACAGGUCAUCGCUACGUGGGUGAAAGCAAAACAGUUAAUUCAGCAGCAGAUUGGACAUAAACUUGGGACUGAGGAGAAUAAUGAUGAAGCACAAAAUCCUAUGGCAAGAAUUCUUGUUGGUCUAGAAAUGUAUUCAUGUAAUGGCUUGGGUCUCAUGGAUUUCGCUGUUCCUAGCUUAUCUCAGGUAUUUAGUUUGAGUUGUAAAUGCAGUUGGUCAGAUUCCUUAGUGGAAUUGCAGACACUGACACGACUUACAUAUUUUGCAUAUGUAUCACAUGACUUUGAAAUAGUGAUGACUUGUUCCAAAAGAAUCUUGCAAUCGGAUGAGAAGUUUAUCCACAAUAGAGAUACUAAGGAAUAUGAAAUGCCUGGUAACAGAGUGAGACAAGAAAUGUUAAGCACUACUGCCUGUAUACAAGGAAGGACUAUAAUGGAAAAUUUGUCUGGAAGAAAACAUGUGCGUGUAGCAGCAUCAAAAGCCUUUGUUCAGAGUGCCAGGUACGCAGGUGAAGCCAGAAAUUAUUCCCUUGUAAUGUUCGCAGCUAGACACUUUUGGAAUACGUGUUUACCUUUGCUAGGUUCUCCACGUGACAGAGAGCAGUUUAAAGAACCUACUGAAAUAAUUCUUCAGAAUAUAAUUAAAGCAGAAUCUAAAGAUAAACAGGAGAAGAAAGAUACGGUGCCUUUGCAUCAGUGGUUUACAAAGGAUUUUCAAAGUGCUGAGGAAGAUCUGACAUUAAGAACCUCCUUGUAUGGGUUAUUAUUCCACAUAUAUGCUGACAGAGCUGACUGGGAGGCAGCACUAAAAGUCCUGGAUGAAGCUAUUAAAGUUUUGCCUCAGACAAGACACAGACUCCUGAUUUUUAAAUAUAUGGCUACAGUGAAGGCAAGAUUGGGAUGCAAUUUUAUGGUGGACGUUCAGAGAUUCAGAGAUGAAAGUGAAGAUUAUUUGUCAUAUAUGUGGCGUCAUUUGGUAACAAUCUCCAGAAGUAUUGUUGGACAGUUAAGCUGUUUUCAGAAUGCAAUCAUUGCUUUACAGAAACAAGAAAAUGUAUGGCAGCAAGUUGAUUAUCUGAUUGAAUUUGCUGAAUGGUUAUACUGUAACCAGUUUCCCCUCAACGAUGUUAAUAAACCUCUGGACUGGGUGAUAGAUCUCUUGCUACACAUGAAAUUUUCUAUGCAAUCCUCACAAGAAGAAGAAAAUUCGAAGAUAGACAUUGGAGCAAAUUAUACCAUGCCCCAAAUUAAUUUUGAAGAUUUGAGUAAUAUUAAACAACUGGAAGCUUUGUUUAGAGCGCAGACAUUAAUGGCUUUAAUUUCUCGUCAUAAUUCUCCUUAUCAUCAGCAGUGCUGUUUGAUGGCAUAUGCUUGUAUCGUCCGUAUCUGGCAG